AUUGUCUAACAGUGCAAUCGUCAGCAUGAAGGUGAUAUUACCUACACUGCUGACUAUCUUCUUGUCAGUGUGCCUAGCUGAGCCCGGAUACCUCCGCUAUGGCUCCGGAGGACACGGCAGAACCAUAUCGUUCACUAGGCCUUUAGCGACCCGAGUCGUCAUCCACAAGCCGGCUCACGUCAUCCGAAAGACUGUGUCCAUCGGGAAGCCCAUUGUCGUGCGCCCAGUUGUCACUGGGCACAUUGGUAAAGGGUAUGGCCACAGAGGAACCACCACUGUCAUCUCGCAUGGGAAGCCGCACGUCCACGUCAAGCCUGGGCCUGUGGUGGUUGGAGGAGGAGCUGUCCACUCACACAGCGGCCCAGGUGUAGGCGGAGCUGUGCAUGCUCAUGGUGGGUCAGGCGUUGGUGGCAUUGGAGGCGGAGGAUUUGGUGGUCCAGGUGUUGGUGGGCCUAUUGGAGGAGGAUUAGGAGGUCCUGGACUUGGUGGGCCUGUUGGAGGAGGGUUAGGCGGUCCUGUUGGUGGAGGAUUCGGUGGUCCAGGUGCUGGUGGGCCUAUUGGAGGAGGAUUAGGAGGUCCUGGACUUGGUGGACCUGCAGGUGGAGGAUUCGGUGGUCCAGGUGCUGGUGGACUUGGAGGUGGCCUUGGAGGUGGUCCAGGAGGUGGAUUUGGAGGUCCAGGAGCUGGUGGGCUUGGAGGUGGUCCAGGAGUAGGAGGAUUUGGAGGUGGUCCAGGAGCUGGUGGACUUGGAGGUGGACUUGGAGGUGGUCCAGGAGGUGGAUUUGGAGGUCCAGGAGCUGGUGGGCUUGGAGGUGGUCCAGGAGCAGGAGGAUUUGGAGGCGGCCCAGGAGCUGGUGGACUUGGAGGUGGAUUUGGAGGUGGUCCAGGAGCAGGUGGACUUGGAGGUGGACUUGGAGGUGGUCCAGGAGGUGGAUUUGGAGGCGGCCCAGGAGCUGGUGGACUUGGAGGUGGAUUUGGAGGUGGUCCAGGAGCAGGUGGACUUGGAGGUGGUCCAGGAGGUGGAUUUGGAGGCGGCCCAGGAGCUGGUGGAUUUGAUGGUGGACUUGGAGGUGGUCCAGGAGCUGGUGGAUUUGAUGGUGGACUUGGAGGUGGUCCAGGAGCUGGUGGACUUGGAGGUGGAUUUGGAGGUGGCCCAGGAGCAGGUGGACUUGGAGGUGGUCCAGGAGCUGGUGGACUUGGAGGUGGAUUUGGAGGUGGUCCAGGAGCUGGUGGACUUGGAGGUGGACUUGGAGGUGGUCCAGGAGCAGGUGGAUUUGAUGGAGGACUUGGAGGAGGUCCAGGAGGAGCUGGUGGAUUUGGAGGAGGAGGACUUGGCGGAGGCAGCGGCAUAGGAGACAUACGCGGCCUUCCAGGUACCAAACAGUAGUAGUGACGCCACCGACGAAAUAGGCCUUCGCGGUUACUCUCGAUAACCGUUCCAGGAAUGGAUGGCCUUUCCCACGUGUAAAUAAAAUCCUCAAGAUCUGCUGGAGAUGCUGAAGUGUUCUUAAGCUCUGCUGAAGAUGCUGAAGCUUUCUUGAGCUCGGCUGAAGAUGCUGAAGACCUCCACAUCUACCUACACCCGUCAGUUUUAUCAACGACAUUCCAGCAGUCACUUAUCUGAGUCCAUUCGGAGACACAUGAAGCAAAAUGUAAAUAUACUAAGUCUUUGGUGUAAAGUAUACUUGUAAAGGAAAAUUGUCUGUUUCAUGUAAUGAAGAUUUUAUUUAUUUAA